UCAAAACUUACUAUGGCUCAUUGGCUUUGUUUGGAAACACUAAACACAUAACAUUGAACAUAUUACAAAACCAUACAAAAUGGCGCAGAAAACAAAAGAGGCCAUGUUGGCCGAAAUGGAUUUGAUCUUCAUGAAUGAUAUACUACCCACAUGCCUCAAGAAUAAAACCACCAGCCAGGUGGUCUACAAGGAUCACACGGCUGACAUGAAGCGAACCGUGCCGGCAUUCCGAAAACAAACAGAUGCAUCCCUCAUCUCCGGUCAUUAUGCCAACAAUCUGAAGGUCGAUGGGUUGGAGGUGAAGACCCGGACAUGGCCAAGAUCCAUGGACUGGCGCGAGGAGUAUAAACAGUUUGUCAAGCGGAACAAGUGGUGCAAUGAGGAGAUAUACAAGCUCAUCUUUGUGAAUCCGCCAGUUCGCUACGAACAGAUCAAAGAAUACCUCAGGGACUUGCUUAGAACAACCUAUAUGUCCGAUUACUCUCCACACUAUUAUGUGUCCCUUAAGGCUCGGCGUAAUGACGACUCGGGGACUGUCAUCGAUCCCGAUAGCAUUGACUACCAGACGACCUAUGGCAACUACCACAAUCGUAUUCAGGAAAUGGAUCCCUUCAAGGCCUUUAUCAACGAGGAACCAAAGCCGAAGGAUCUCACCUUGGGAGAGUUUGAGAGGGAAAUGCGCAAACUGUUCACCAAAUACAAUCUGACCACAUACUAUGAGGAGUAUUGCCUACCGGCAUUGAUAAAGGCCAAGGAUGGUAUAAUGCCAUCGGGACCCAUCGAUCGUUACACAUUACGCAGGGUGUAAGCUGGAUUUUCAGCAAGUUACCUCCGUUCACAGUUCAUAACUAGGACAAUGCAAGUGAAUAAUGGUGUCUCUAUAAAGCACUUGUGUAUCUUAAUAAACUUUUCACAGUUAAACUCGUUAAACAAUAAAGCAUAAUAAUACCCCAAA